CAGUGCAGCUUCUGUCCUCUAGAAUGGUGGUCUCCAUUUGACCUGUCUCAUUGAGGCGCAAUCUGAAAAUCAGAUGGCUCAGCUGGAACCCUUAUUCCAUCAGAAGAUGACGGUAAUGCCUGCAGCCUGUAGUUUGGCUUCACAGCGUUGCUCCCAGGACUGAGUGGGGAAGAUGUCACUGAAGGAGAAGAAAAAGAAGAAGCCUUGCAGUGAUGACUAUCACUCUGGACCACAGGGUAAGAGCGUGGAGAGCCUGAUGAGGGACAUCCAUGUAUGCCGCAGCGUGGGUCUGGAGAUCAUCAACAGGACCAAGACAGUGACACUGAGGGACUUCGGGAGUUAUUGCUUCAGUGGCAAGAACGUGCACACUCCGCCCUUUGAUAUUGGCCCACACUCCAAAGGAGCAUGCACCUUUGCAAAAACUCCCUACAGCCUGCGAGGGAGCGUGGGGACUGUGGUCUUCAAGGCUGACACUUUCUUUGUGGCCAUCACAUUCUCCAACCCCUUUGACUACAUCCUUUACAAAAUUGAGUUUGCCUUGGAGAUCUUCACAGAGGAGAACCACCUGGGAAACCUCAGUUAUGUCUUCUCCAAAAUGAUGAAGAGCAAACCACACUGCAGCUCCUCGCUCUUCCAGCGAGCCGUACUGGAGUCUGAACAUGAAACCCUGGAAGUCUCCAAGGGGAACAUUCGUGUCCAAGCCAAGAUGUCCAACAGUGAGAAAGCCAUCCUGAAAGUCCAGGUUGAAGAAAUGGAUCCACCACCCUACCACAAAGACAUGUGAGGGAAGAUGGGCACCACUGCUGCCAAAAGGAUCCCAUGGGAGAUAUUCAGCAAGGAUGCAGCAAGACUCCGCAAGGGUGGUGGAAGGAGGUGUAUGGUGAUGAUAGAUCCCAUGGAAGAUGGAACCACCACCUUGCUGGCUUUGCCAUACAGCUAACAGUGCUCUCCAGCUUGCAAACUAGCUCAUGAUUGCAUAUGAUAACCAAUAAAUACAUUCUUAUCCUCACAA